AUGAAGUCGGCCUUCCAGUUCUCCAACCUCUGCGGCACAGUCUACCGCCACGGAAACGUCGUCUUCUCUCCCGAUGGCGAUUCAAUCUACUCGCCGGUCGGCAACCGGCUGUCGAUCUUCGACCUGGUGAGGAACACGUCGACGACGCUGCCCUUCGAGACCCGCAAGCCCAUCGCGCGCAUCGCGCUCUCGCCGGCCAACACCGCCAUCGUCCUGGUCGCCGACGAGGACGGACGCGCCCUGCUGGUCAACACUAAACGCAGGUCUGUGCUGGCCCACAUGAACUUCAAGCAGCCCCUCCGCGACGCGCAGUUCUCCCACGAUGGCAAGCACCUCGCCGUCACGCACGGCGCCCAGGUCCAGGUGUGGAGGACGCCUUCCCACUUGGCGCGGGAGUUCGCACCCUUUGUGCUCCACCGCACCUAUACCGGCCACUUCGACGACGUGCUCAGCAUCCGGUGGACCAAGGACAGCCGGUUUUUCAUCACCACGUCCAAGGACAUGACCGCCCGCCUCUACUCGCUCAACCAGGUCGAGGGCUUCCGGCCCAAGACCUUUACCGGCCAUCGCGAUGCCGUCAUCAACGCCUUCUUUUCCAAGGACGAAAGGACGAUCUUCACCGUGUCGCGCGACGGUGCCUGCUUCACGUGGAGGGCCAAGGACGAAGACGACGUCGCCACGGCCGAUAUGGACGAAGACGACGAGGACGGCGCACUCCGGAGCGCCAAUGGCUUCGCGCUCUCCAAGCCGGGGAGCUCGUCGUCCGGCCCCGACGACACCGUCGGCCUCACGCGGUGGGGCAUCGCCGAGAAGCACUACUUCAUGCAGCCCCAGACCAAGACUGUCUGCUCGGUCUUUCAUCCCGAGACUUCGCUCCUCGUCGUCGGCUUCUCGUCCGGCGUCUUCGGGCUCUGGGAGAUGCCCGACUUCAACAACAUCCACACGCUCAGCAUCAGCCAGGAAAAGAUCUCGAGCGUCGCCAUCAACGCCAGCGGCGAGUGGCUCGCCUUUGGCGCGCAGAAGCUGGGCCAGCUGCUGGUCUGGGAGUGGGCGAGCGAGUCGUACAUCCUCAAGCAGCAGGGCCACUUCUACGACAUGAACACGGUCGGCUACGCGUCCGACGGGCAGGUGGCCGCCACGGGCGGCGACGACGGCAAGAUCAAGCUGUGGAACACGUCGAGCGGCUUCUGCACCGCCACGUUUUCGGAGCACUCGGCCUCGGUGUCGUGCAUCGAGUUCGCCAAACAGGGCUCGGUCCUCUUCAGCGCCAGCUUGGACGGCACGGUGCGCGCCUACGACCUCGUGCGCUACCGCAACUUCCGCACGCUGACGAGCCCGACCCCGGUUCAGUUCAUCAGCCUGGCCGUCGACCCCUCGGGCGAGGUCGUCUGCGCCGGCAGCGCCGACAGCUUCGAGAUCUACAUGUGGAGCGUUCAGACGGGCAAGCUGCUCGACAUCCUCUCGGGCCACCUGGGGCCCGUCGCCGGCCUCUCCUUCAGCCCGAGCGGCAGCGGAGUGCUGGCGAGCACCAGCUGGGACAAGAGCAUCCGCCUGUGGGAGGUCUUCAGGACGUCGCAGAGCGUCGAGACCUUCCAGCUCAACGGCGACGGCCUCGCCAUCGCCUUUAGCCCCGACGGCACCGAAGUCUGCGCUGCUUCGCUCGACGGCCAGCUGACCUUCUGGAACGCCCAGGACGGAAAGCAGACCGGCGUGCUCGAGUGCCGGCGCGACAUCUCGGGCGGCCGCAAGGUCGACGACAAGGUCGGCCGACGCAACAACGCCGCCGGGGCCUGCUUCACCACGAUCUGCUACAGCGCCGACGGCGCCUGCAUCCUCGCCGGUGGCAACUCCAACUACGUCUGCCUUUACGACGUGCGGGAACGGGUGCUGCUCAAGCGGUGGGAGCUGACCAAGAACCUCGCGCUCGACGGCACCCAGGACCGCCUCGACAGCCGUCGGGUGACCGAGGCCGGCAACAUCGACCUGGUCAAUGACCGCUCCGACGAGGAGGACCUGCUGCCCGAGGAGCGCAUGGACCGCAGCCUUCCGGGAGCCCAGCGCGGUGAUCUGUCCAAGAGGUCGACGCGGCCCAUCUCGAGGGCCAAGUGCGUGCGCUUCGCGCCUACCGGUCGCUCCUGGGCGGCGGCCGCGACGAGUGGGCUGCUCAUCUAUAGCCUCGACGAGCAGGCGGCGUUUGACCCGUUCGACCUCGAUAUCGACCUGACGCCCGAAGCCGUGCGCGAGGCUUCUCGGCAGGGCGAGAGCCUGCUGGCGCUGGUGGGCGCCUGCCGACUGGGCGAGAAGCCGCUGAUGGCCGAGGUCUACGAGCAGACGUCGCCGUCAGACAUUGCGCUCAUCGCUCGGCAGCUACCGCUCGUCCAUCUGCCCGCCGUGAUGCGCCUGGUGGCUGAGCGGAUGCAGCCAGCCAGCGCCAGCCCGCACGUCGAGUUCCACCUGAAAUGGAUCGCGGCCCUCUUCGCGGCCCACGGCACCGAGAUCCGGGCGCGCGCCGCCACCGACUACGCGCCGACGCUGAGGGCAGUGCAGGUGGCGCUCAACGAGCUGCGCGCCAACGUCAAAAAGACGAGCGACGACAACCUCUUCGCCAUGCUGUACGUGUGGAACGGCUUUGGGCAGCAGCACCAUGGCGCCGGCAAGGGACCUGCCAACGGCAUCUCCGCCAUCGGCAUGGAAAUCGACAGCCUCUGA